AUGGUCGUACAAUGUAGCUAUGCUCAAGAAAAUUUUUUUGUGCGAGCCGUCAAUAGAGCUCGGUUAAAAAAAGAGAUUUUAGCUGAUAUGCAGUUCAUUCUUCGAGAUGCUACGCCACAACAGCAAAAAUCUCUUCAACACCACAUCCCACUCUGUCUUGCAAAAGAAGGCGAGUUUGAAGGCUUAUUCAAUGCCACCAUUGAGUUAUGGGAGCUUUUCAUCAAAGAGACAAAACGAACAGUCGAUGUUGAAAUACGUGCAAACGCAGCCGUCAAAAAAAUUCUUGAUUCUCUUGGCAAAAUUCUGGACAAACUCACUGAUCAACAACUCGAAGCAGUUUCCAAAGUGGUUAGCUACGUGGAAGGUCAUCAUGGUGAUCGACCAGCCUUUAGGUGGAUUCUCACACAGGCAUUCGAGGUAUGCGUCUACGGUGUCAGCGAUUGA